AUGGCCGCGGACACGGCAUCGCUCCUCGAGCAUCUCAGCCAGGACGAGAAUAGAAGCCACCUUCUGGCCCACGGAUUCGUCCUGGUCGGACACUCCAUGGGCGCCAAAGUCGCUCUGGGUGCAGUAGCCUCCCUCCCAGCCGGUCUCCGACGGCAGCUGCAAGGACUGGUGCUGGUUGCGCCCGCGCCCCCGGGGGCUCUGGAUCUACCGGCUGAAAUGAAGGAGCAGCAGAAAGCCGCAUAUGCGUCGGAUGAGUCGGUCCGCUGGACGGUCGAGAAUGUCCUCGCCAGCCCGGAAAACUUGGACGACGAGGAUAUGAGAUUGGUGGUUCGGGACAGCUUGUCGGGCAGUCAGCUGGCCAAGGAGGCGUGGCCGACGUACGGCAUGCGGGAAGAUAUCUCGGGGCGUGUAAGAGAGGCGUUGGCUUCCAUGGGGAGUGCCGGACUCUGCGUUCGUAUUAUUGUUGGGGAGUUGGAUGUUGUCGAGCCGAAGGAGCGCGUGGAUGCGGAGGUUCGUUGUUUCUUGGAAGAAUGUGGGAUACCGGUAGUGCUGAGGGUUGCUGCUGGCGUAAAGCACCUGGUGCCGCUGGAGUGUCCGGAGGUCAUUUACCAAGAGGUGUCUAUAUUUUGA